GGGAGGGGAGUGCGUUGGGAAGAUGGGUGCCUGGAGUCAGUGAGGCCGCGGUGGCGGCCGAGCGGUGUCUGAGCCGCCCCCACCCCCAGCCCGUACGGGACGCCGGGUGGGAAGAGGAAGAGGCCCGGGCCUAGGAUGGGCUCGCAGGUGCUGCAGAUCCUCCGCCAGGGAGUGUGGGCCUCGCUGACCGGCGGCUGGUACUUCGACCCGCACCAGAGCAAGUUCUCCAACUGCUUCCACCUCUACGUCUGGCUGUUCCUGCUCUGUUUCCCCUUCCUGCUCUACAUGGCUUUGCCACCCAGCACCUCAGUCGCAGGCAUCUACUGUGCCAUAGUUGCCCUCUUCUUCACCGUGGUCAAGUCUGUCAACUACCGCCUGCACGCCAUGUUCGACGAAGGGGAGAUUGUGGAGAAGAAAAACCCGCAGCUGGCUGUGGAUGGUGCCAAGCUUGAAGAGUGCGAGCCAGGGGGCGGUGAGGACAGUACCCUCAGGGACCCAGGGGGAGGAGUGGAGAUGACCGUGUUUCGGAAGAAUAACACCACACCGCCCGUGCGGUGCAGCUCGCAGCAUUCUGUCUUCGGUUUCAACCAAGUGUCGGAUUUAUUGCCUCACCUGGAAGACAGUGCAACCUCUAAAGGGAUCAGAGAUUUGGUCCGCGAACAAGGCAGUAAAAAUGUAAUUGUCACAUCAGCUGACAGAGAGUUGCUGAAACUGAACAUGCUAGAUACUACAGAUCCACCGACGCUGCAUGCGACCAGCGAGGGCCCUCUGCCCCAAGAGAUGGCCCAACUGGACGCACAGCCUUCGGCCAAAAGAAUAUCCUCGCUACCUGUCCAGCCGAUGCUUUGCCGAGACCCGGGACCUGCCUCGUCCACGUCACCCUGCGGCCUGGCAGUGCCCGACCUGCGGGUGCACCCGUUGCCCCUCGGCCUGCUGGACCAGCUCGGGGCCUGGCGUCCCGGCGACUCCGAGAGCCUGUGCAAUGCCCUGCUGGGCCCCUUGCUGUGCGACCGCCUGGCGGGAGACCGGGCCGGGAAGGCGCUGGACCCGGCACGGGCCAGCCCUGGCAGGGAGGGCGGCGGCGGCGGACGCGACGGAACCUGGGAGGAGGAGGAGCCGCCGCCGCCGGAGGGAGGGGGUCUCGAGGCGAUGGGCGCCAAGGCGGCCGGUUCCACCGACAGCUGCUUCAGCGGCACCGACCGGGAGACUCAGAGCACCGUCAGCAGCUACAGGAGCGAGAAGACCAGCUCCACCCGCCUGGAAAGCCCCUCCCUCACCCCGCAGCCGGACCCCGAGGCCGCGGGCGCCAGGCCUGGCAGCGAUACGGACAACUUCUCCGACAGCGAGGUGGUCGCCACUCCAGAUCCCGGCCCCUCGGCCGAGGGGAUCUCACGGUUCCCCUUCAUCAGCCCCGGCAGCGAGAUCCUGACUGGGGGAGGGGACGACCCCCUGACCACCUGGCUGAGCGCCCCUUCCCCUGGGACACUUGCCCUCGCCAACCCUUCCCAGCAUGCCCUGCUGCAGGUGGAGAGGGUGGUGAGGCCCAAGGAGCUGAACCUACUGGGCCGGGGACCGGCACGGCGCUCCGGCAGGAGGAAGGGCACCAGGAGGCACGGAGGCAGCACCGGCAGCUUCGAUUACCGGCGGGAUUACGCGCCGAUCAGGACGGCCCUUGGCGCCAAGGCCUACAGCGAGGGCUUCUUUGAGGACGAGGACUCGAGUGACCAGAGCGACCUGAGCCAUGCUUCCAGCCUGCGCUCGCAGCCCAACUACAGCAGCUCCUCCAGCUCGUCCAGCGUCACCUCGCAGUCCUGCUCCUCCCCCGACGCCAAGCGGCCGCAGGGCAGGCGGAGGAACCCGGCUCGCACUGAUUCCGAGCCCGCCCCGGCUCUGGCUCCCCCGCCUCCCUCUGAGCCUCCCGCUGGUGCCAAGACCCACGCCCGGGUGCUGAGUAUGGACAGUGGGGCUGGCGUGGGGCAGCUGGAGCUGGGUCCCGGCAGUACCCGCACCUUGACCGCCUCCAAGUCCGACCUGGAGGCCCGGGACAGUGAGCCGCGCUGGAGGGAGCGGUUCUCCCGGAGGCUAGAGUCUAUCGGCAGCGCCUGGAGCCAGUCGGAGGGGGCGGUUGGUGGAGCACCAGCUCCGGAAGAACCUGGGAGACGGGAACUUACCAGCAGUGUGAAGAGGACACAGGCAAUGAGGCGAAGGCACAACGCAGGCAGCAACCCAACACCUCCACCCUCUAUCAUGGGCUCACCACCAAGCCUGCAGGACAUCCAGAGGAACCGGACGGCGUCCCAGUCACGAACCCACGCGCUCCCUGCAGCUCUGCACUUUGCCAGCUCGCUGCUGCUCUCUCGGGGCCCUGUGCACGAGGCUUCCAACUUUGAUGACACCUCGGACGGAGCAGUUCACUACUUCUACGAUGAAGCUGGCGUCCGCAGAUCCUACACCUUUGGCCCGACGGGAGGUGGCUAUGAGAAUCCAGUGGGGCAACAAGUGAGCCUGGAGCAUAUCUCCAACAACGCAUGGGAUCAUCAGUCCCACUCUUCCAGCUUCACCUCUGCCGACGCUCCGGAGGGAAUGCCACCGCUGUCGCUCCUCCAGCCCCGGCCUGUGGUACUUCAGGGCAUGCAGGUCCGUAAUGUGCCGUUGGAGAUUCCUGAGUUGGAUUUUCUGGAUCAGGAAUCUCUCCACGAAUCCCAGGAAAACACGCUGAUGAUAGAAGAGAAGAGCAGGAACAAACAGUACUACAAGUUCUGGCUGCUGCCUUGGAAGUGGAUGCGAAUCCGUUACGACCGCCUGGCACUGCUGGCUUUGCUCGACAGAAACCGACAGGCCCGUGAGAAUGUGGUGGCUGUUAGCCUGGCUGCCCUGGUGGCUUUCCUGGGCUUCAUGCUUCUCCUCGAGGGCUUCUUCAGGGACAUCUGGGUGUUCCAGUUCUGCCUGGUCAUUGCCAGCUGCCAGUAUUCGCUGUUGAAGAGUGUUCAGCCUGAUGCGGCCUCUCCGAUGCAUGGUCACAACUGGAUCAUUGCGUACAGCCGGCCAGUCUACUUCUGUAUGUGCUGCGCCAUGAUUUGGCUCUUCGACUUUGGCAGCCAGAGGAGCGAUCUCCAGCCCAUCAGCCUGUACGGGGUCACUCUCUUCUCUGCCCAGUCCUUUGCCUGCGCUCGGGAUGUGGUGAUUGUUUUCACGCUGUGUUUUCCGGCCAUUUUCCUCCUCGGGCUCUUGCCUCAAGUCAACACUUUCUUCAUGUACUUGUUGGAACAGCUCGACAUGCAUGCCUUCGGGGGCACUGCUACGACCAGCCCCAUGUCUGCAUUCUACAGCUUUGUGCGCAGUCUACUGGUCGCUGCCCUCCUGUACGGAUUCUGCUUCGGGGCUGUGAAGGUUCCUUGGGAAGCCCAGCACGUGCCAGUUUUGUUUUCCGUUUUCUGUGGCCUUCUAGUCGCACUUUCGUACCACCUCAGCCGACAGAGCAGCGAUCCCACCACCCUGUGGGCCCUGAUCCGCUCCAGGUUUUUCCCCCAGUUGGACAAUCGUAAUCCUGAGGAUCCGCUGCUGGAAAUCCAGGACCCACUCCCAGCAAAGCUCAAGAGCUCCGUGAGAGAGAUCCUUCAUUCAGACCUGGUCAUGUGCCCGGUGAUCGCCAUCAUAACCUUCGCAAUCAGUGCCAGCACGGUCUUUAUCGCACUUCAGCCGGUCCUGAGUUAUGUGCUCUACGCCCUGGCUGGCCUGGUUGGUUUCCUGACACAUUACCUCCUCCCGCAGCUCCGUAAGCAGCUGCCGUGGUGCUGCCUCUCUCACCCGAUGCUGAAAUCCAGGGAGUACAGCCAGUUUGAGGUCCGAGAUGCAGCGCAGCUAAUGUGGUUUGAGAAAGUCUAUGCCUGGCUCCAGUGCAUGGAGAAGUACUUCAUCUACCCAGCAGUCAUCCUCAGUGCCCUCACCACCGACGCCAGUGCUGUCAGCAGCCGCCACAAGCUCGGAAUAUACAGUGACCCGCUGUUUAUAACAGUGGCCGGGAUGAAGCUCCUUCGCUCCUCCUUCUGCUGCCCCUGCCAUCAGUAUGUGACCCUCAGCUUCACCGUCCUCUUCUUCCGCUUCGACUACAGCCACUUCUCCGAGACCUUUCUGCUCGACUAUUACUUCAUGUCCGUCAUCUGCAGCAAGCUCUGGGACUUGCUGUACAAGUUGCAUUUUGUGCUGACCUACAUCGCCCCCUGGCAGAUCACGUGGGGCUCUGCAUUCCAUGCCUUCGCCCAGCCGUUCGCCGUGCCUCACUCUGCGAUGCUUUUUGUCCAGGCUGUGCUCUCGGCUUUUGUCUCCACUCCUUUGAACCCCCUCCUUGGCAGUGCUGUGUUCAUCACCUCCUAUGCCAGGCCAGUGAAAUUUUGGGAGCGAGAUUACAACACCAAGCGGGUCGACCAUUCUAACACUCGACUAGCCACACAACUGGACAGGAACCCAGGAGCCGACGACAAUAAUCUCAACUCUAUCUUCUACGAGCACCUGACCCGCUCGCUGCAGCACAGCCUGUGUGGGGACCUGCUCCUGGGCCGCUGGGGGAACUACGCCAUGGGCGACUGCUUCAUCCUGGCAUCGGACUACUUGAACGCGUUGGUUCACCUGAUUGAGAUCGGCAACGGGAUUGUUACCUUUCAGCUGCGAGGCCUGGAGUUCCGAGGCACCUAUUGCCAGCAGCGGGAGGUGGAGGCCAUUACUGAGGGAGUGGAGGAAGAUGAAGGCUGCUGUUGCUGUGAGCCUGGUCACCUACCGCACAUGCUGUCCUUCAACGCCGCCUUCGGACAGCGCUGGCUGGCCUGGGAGGUCGCUGCCACUAAGUACGUCCUGGAGGGCUACAGCAUCAGCGACAACAACGCAGCCUCCAUGCUGCAGGUUUUCGACCUCCGCAAGAUCCUCAUCACUUACUACGUCAAGAGUAUAAUCUAUUACGUGAUCCGCUCUCCGAAGCUGGAGGAAUGGGUGAACAACGAUGCGAUCCAGGAGGCGCUGCAUGCGUGCUCCAGCCCCAGCUACGCUGACAGCGAUCCCACCUUCAACCACAACAUUGAUGAGGACUACGACCACCGCAUGCAAGGCAUCUCCCUGGCCUCUUUCUGCAACGUUUACCUCGACUGGAUCCAGUACUGCACCAGUCGGAGGGACAAGUCUGUGGAGAAUGACAGGAACUCUCACCUGGUGACCCUGUGUUUCGGACUCUGCGUUCUGGGUCGGAGAGCCCUGGGGACGGCGUCUCACAGCAUGUCAACCAGCAGCCUGGAGCCGUUCCUCUAUGGGCUGCACGCCCUGUUCAAAGGUGAUUUCCGGAUCACCUGCCCCCGGGACGAGUGGGUUUUUGUCGACAUGGAGCUGCUGCAGAAGGUGGUGGCUCCCGGGGUUCGGAUGUCACUGAAGCUGCAUCAGGAUCAUUUCACAUCCCCUGAUGAGUACGAUGACCCUGCCGUGCUGUACGAUGCCAUCACCAGCAAUGACGAGAAGAUGGUGAUCUCCCAUGAGGGUGACCCGGCCUGGCGUAAUGCCAUACUCACCAACACCCAGUCGCUGCUGGCACUGCGCCAUGUGAUGGAUGACGGCAGCGAUGAGUACAAGAUCAUCAUGCUCAAUAAGCGAUACCUCAGCUUCCGUGUCAUUAAGGUGAACCGGGAGUGCGUGCGCGGCCUGUGGUCGGGGCAGCAGCAGGAGCUGGUGUUCCUGCGCAAUCGGAACCCAGAGCGCGGCAGCAUCCAGAAUGCCAAGCAGGCCCUCCGCAACAUGAUCAAUUCCUCGUGCGACCAGCCCAUCGGCUACCCCAUCUACGUCUCGCCGCUGACCACCUCGUACGCAGGACAGCACAGUCAGCUUCGCAGCAUCUGGGGGGAGCCAAUCAGCCUGAGGAACAUCUCCAGCUGGUUCAUCUCCAGCUGGGAAAGGCUGCAGAAGGGAUGCGGUGCAGGCUGCAACAGCGGGGGCAACAUUGAGGACUCGGACUGCGGAGGGGGCUCCUCGUCCAUCAGCAACAACCCAACAGUUCACAUCACCCACAGCAGCACCUCGCAGAGUGGGGUAGGAGCUGUAAACCCUCAGGGGCCUGUUGCCACAAGCCAGCCUCAGUCAGGAAGUGAUGCCAGCUCUCAGCCUGGCCCGCCCUGGUCCUCUCGGCCGCAGCCGCUACAGCUUUCGCUUUUAGCCCAGUCGGAGCCUCGGAGGGAGAGCAGCAAUUCCUUGCAAAGGACUUCUUCCGUCCAGGGACUUCUAGGUCAAAGGUUGUCCUCCAGCCAGCUUUCUUUCAACAGCACGCAGGCAGACCGCUUCCCAACGGGCACCCAGCUGGACGGACCUGGGCCGGUCCGGGUCCUCCAUCGCGCCAGCUUGACCUCCUCUGUCAAUCUCCCCUACGAGGGGCCACACGGCAAGUGGAGCUUGCCGGGCCGGAGAGGGGUCAACGGAUUGCCGAGCACCGACUGGGACGUUGGCUCUGGGGCCCAGUCCAACGGCAGCGCCGUGGGGACGCCAGCCAAAGGAAGCCUGCCGCGAUCCCAGGUGCCUUGUCAUCCACCAUGCGACCUCAGUCAAGUCCCUGAAGGGGAUGCCUUUUCGCUGAGAUUGGAUCAGGAUGCCAUCCCGCUGCCGAGAGGAGGGGGCCAUGACUUGAAGGAAUGGGAGCCGAAGGAGGAGCCAGAGAACACAGCAGCACAGUUGCUGCUGGACCACCAGUUCUAAGUGAGGAAGCACCGUUGGGGAGUAGUAGUCCCUCUGGUUUACAUGCUGCGUCUCACGUCUCGCUCACGCUCUCUCGCUCUCGCUCGCUCUCUCUCUCUCUCUCUGCCCGUCUCGCAUAUCACAGUCUCCCUGUGCACUGCACUUGUGAGCAGUCUUUAAAGAUGAGAUUGUGCCCGGGGAGCAGGUUGAUGUGUAUCUUACUGAUCGCUGGCCAGGCUGCUGGCCCCUUACUCAAGGGAUGAUGCUCACGUUAGGACCUCCCGAGUUCCGGAAGAGCCCUGAAGAGUUUGGAAAGCUUGAGGCAUGCCCUCCAUCUCUUGCAAUCCAACCACCAAGUGGAUUUAGUGGCCUGGUGCGCAAGGUGUGUUGAGCCCAGCAAAGGUCGAGCUAGAACAGCCUAAGUUCAGUUGAGGUGGUCAUGCUGGCUCCUUCCAGUUCAGGUUCACCUUUACUGUAUUUUUAAAAAAAAACUUUUUAAACCCCCGCUACCCCCAUGGUUUGUCAGUUGGGUACUGUGACAUACUUCCAAUAGACCAUGAGCCCCAUAAAGCUGGAGUGCGGUGUGAUUUGAACAAACUAUUGGCCAUAUGGGUUGCUGUUUUAAUGCCUGUUGUUGGGGGCUAGUGCUUUUGGUCUUCAGGUGGAAGAUGAUGAUACAGAAGGCUAACAAAACCACCUCCACAGCUAUAACACUGCUGCGAUGAUUAGCCACAAGUCUCCAGGACAGUUCCUCCCAGCCCUUUAAACCAAGCACAAUCCUUUUAGACGCUAGCUCUCUCACUUUUGUGAAUCCACUUGGACUAGAAGCUUUGUAGAAACUUCCAGGAGACCUUUAUCCCUCAAAUAGCCUGGAAUUGGAGUGAAGGGUCAGUUGUUUUUUUUUUUGAAAGGUUGCCACAGACUAAAACCUAACCAAGGUGUCUCUACGUUUCCUCCCUCUCC